UGCCCGAGGCAAGAGUCCUGAUCGUGAUUACAGGAGGCACGAUAUGCAUGCAACCAUCUGAGAAUGGUCUUGUUCCGAAUGGCCUCGCUCCUCGACCUUCAUUCAACGAUGGCUCGUAUCCUGAGCCACUCGAGAUCGUGACAGAUGGAAAAGGCACUCGCAAAGCUGUACAAAGUUUGCGCACUCCAACAAGCACUUAUGGUCGGCAGGUCCGAUACAGUGUUCUGGAAUUCGACCAACUACUCGACAGCAGCAGCAUCGAUGCCGAAGGCUGGGACCAGAUUGCCAGAACUAUUGAGCGAAACUACCAGCUCUAUGAUGGCUUUGUAGUCUUGCACGGAACCGACUCAUUGGCCUACACCAGCAGUGCUCUCAGCUUCAUGCUUCAAAAUCUCGGAAAGCCCGUCAUUCUUACCGGCUCACAAGCGCCAAUGAUGCAGUUGCAGAACGAUGCCCAGGACAACCUGCUAGGUGCUCUUGUUGUUGCAGGUCAUUUCAUGAUUCCUGAGGUUUGCUUGUUCUUCAACUUCAAGCUCUUCAGAGGCAACCGUGCGACUAAAGUGUCAGCCGACGAUUUUAAUGGAUUCGCCAGCCCGAACAUGCCACCUCUUGCCACUAUCAGCAGUUUGAGAACCAACGUCAGCUGGGAUCUUGUCUACAGGCCGAGAAUUGUGAACCCCUUCUGUGUGCACUCGAAUCUGGAUACCGCCCACGUAGCCUGUCUGCGCGUCUUCCCUGGUAUCAAGCCAGAGAUGGUGGAUCUGUUCCUGCGUACAGAAGGACUUAAGGGUUUAGUGCUCGAAACGUUCGGUGCUGGCAACACGCCUGGAGGACCGGAUUCACCUAUGACUAGAGUUUUGGCAGACGCCGUCAAGCGUGGCAUUGUCAUUGUCAAUGUUACACAGUGUCUCAGCGGUAGUGUCAGCCCACUGUAUGCUCCAGCAACCUAUCUUGGACGUGCAGGUGUGGUGUUCGGUCAGGACAUGACCACAGAAGCCGCUCUGACAAAACUUUCGUACCUACUUUCAAUCCCUGGAUCAACCCNNCCCGAGGACGUGGCCAAGCAGAUGCACAACUCGCUCAGAGGUGAACUGACAGAAAGAGGACGAACUCACUUUCAACACCCUACUAGCGGCACUCUGACUCCCGAGAUUUCGAGUCUGACUGCACUUGGAUAUGCUAUUCAAGAUGGAGAUGCUCUGAGCGUGAGAGACGUUGUCAGAGGUGAGAAUCGCUGGCUUCUGAACGAUGUGGACUAUUCAGGAAAUACUCCCGUUGUAAGUCAUGGCUCUUCUUCGAAGGAUCUUUUAAGCGGAGAUUCUACCGGGCCAAACGUUGAUGUACUGAAAGAGAUGCUCAAUCUUGGAGCUAGCGUUCAUUUGCGCAACCGUAAUGGGCGCACGCCUCUGUUCGUUGCUGCGCACGCAGGAUUAGCUCAACACGUCGAGGCCUUGAGGGAAGCUGGUGCACAUCUGCACUCUGACGAGCUGGACACAGCAAAGAUAUUCGCAAAGUCCGACCCUCACCCAGACGUCUGGAAUCUUGCUGGUGUUGAAGAACUG